CAUCUCCCUCUUCCCACCCUUCAAUGCCAAUUCCGUGCUCCACCAAAAAACCCUUAUUUUUCUCUCCUCCACAUAUUAUCGUCACAUCACAAUCAAUUAAACUUCAACCUUUGCUCUAAACCAGAUUAGUAUAUUCUUGGAAGAAAGAUAUUAGAAGAAGCAAAAGAGUAGGAGAAGGAGAAGCUUAUGCUCACAUACAUUUAACUAACUAAAACUUCAUUAAUUCUCCUAUUUAUAUUUUGCCUACUCAGGUAGUUUUAAAACUUCUGCCUUCAAUUUCGGAGGGGUUACCAUUAUUUCAACAGCUUAUAUUUCCCCUCCCACCCCACCGCCAACCCCAACCCCACCAAAAUCUCUGAUGCCUCUCUCCUCUCACCAAGGCCGACGACUGCCAUUUCCUCCACCACCCACCAAAAUCUCUGGUGGGGUUCUUUGAUUUUUGAAUAGUUUUGGGGAGAAAAAUCUUAUUUUUCGGAUUAUGACAAAACAGAUAGUCCUCCGUGCACCUUCAGUGGACCGGCGGCGGCAGCCACUGUUAUCGGGCCAAGAUUCAUCGUCACGAGGUGGGGUUCGGAAGGCGGCACGGUUCGCGGAGGUCGCCGGCGGAACGACGGCUGAAUGUGCAGCGGUUUGUUGCUGCUGCCCUUGCGGGCUGGUGAAUCUCCUCGUGCUAGCUGUGUAUAAGUUGCCAGCGGGACUUUGCCGGAAGGCACUGAGGAAGAAACGCCGACGUCGGCUGAUGAAGAAAGGGCUUUUGGUCCGCUCUGAAGACACGGAGCUUUCAAUACACCCCAUCGGCACCACCCCGCUCGCGGUGGUUGAUGGCGGAAACAGCCUGGGAUCCGAUAAGGAUGUGGUGGCGCUAGAGAAGGAAAUGUGGAACAAGUUUUAUGGUGCUGGGUUUUGGAGAAGUCCCUCUCAACGGAGUGACAACAUGGAAACAAUGAAUGUGCUUGGCUGAAGUAUUGCAAUGGCUGGGGAUAAACAUACAAAACACUGAGGUAACAGGAAUAGGGAGAAGGAUGGCUAGAAUUGCAAAAGGUAAAGCAGGAAGAUCAUUCACAAAAGCAGCUUUGGCAGCAGUUAUAUGAAAAGCUAGGAAUGAAGCAUUAUGGAGGAAAAGAGUACCUCGACCACAAGUGCUGUUAAAACAUAUUCAACUUGCUUGCAAACACAGAUGCAUGGAGGCAAUGAAGAAAAAGGAAAACAACGACAACCUGUACUGGAUAGAACAGUUAUACAAAUAGCAAAAAUAGGUCACUUGUAUAAUGAAAAUGUAACUGUAUAGAACAAAGUGUAGGCAGGACUUAGGAAAGAUAGGGGACUUAAAAUUGUAACUGUAUUUUUGGGAGAUUAAAUAAAAUUUUUAUUUCUACCAAAAAAAAAAA